AUGGUCUUUGCUGAUCGCGUUCUUUGCAUGAACUUCCAGCUGAUCCAAUCUGCACAGAAGGGCUGCCGUGCCCGGCGGCGACGGGCCGAAGGGCUGAUGAAGGAGGCGCCGGUGGAUCAGAAGACGGCGGCCGCGGCACCGCCCCUCCGGUUCAUGGUGGUGCUCGUGGCCGUCGGAUGGAUCUCCUUCCUCUACUACCAGUUCUCGGUGCUGGCUGGCUACGGCCGGGCGCCGCUUGUGGCCGGUGGCCGAAGCGACAGCGCCGACCCUUGCCGGGGGCGGUACAUCUACGUGCACGACCUGCCACCGCGCUUCAACGCCGACAUCCUCCGCGACUGCCGCAAGACCAAGGACCACUGGCCGGACAUGUGUGGCUUCGUCAGCAACGCCGGUCUCGGGCACCCGCUAGCCGACCCGAUCGACAAGGUGUUCACCGGCCAAAACGGGUGGUACGGCACGCACCAGUUCGCGCUCGACACCAUCUUCCACAACAGGAUGAAGCAAUACGCGUGCCUCACCAACCAGUCAUCCGUCGCCGACGCCGUCUUCGUCCCCUUCUACGCCGGCUUCGAUUUCGUCCGUUACCACUGGGGCUACGACAACGUCACCAAGGACGCCGCGUCGGUGGACCUGACCCAGUGGCUCAUGCGCCGGCCCGAGUGGAGGCGCGCGGGAGGACGCGACCAUUUUCUCGUCGCCGGCAGGACGGGGUGGGACUUCCGGCGGAGCACCAACAUCAAUCCCAACUGGGGUACCGACCUCCUCGUCAUGCCGGGCGGCCGGGAGAUGUCAGUGCUCGUGGUGGAGUCGUCUCUCGUGCACGAGCGGGAGUACUCCGUGCCGUACCCGACGUACUUCCACCCAAGGUCGGACGCCGAGGUGCGAGGGUGGCAAGACAGGGUGCGCGGCCUGGAGCGGCGGUGGCUCAUGGCGUUCGUCGGCGCGCCGCGGCCGGACAACCCGAAGAACAUCCGGGAGAAGAUCAUCAAGCAAUGCACGGCGGCGCCCGGCGCGUGCGCCCAGCUGGGCUGCGCGUUCGGCAGCAGCCAGUGCCACUCCCCCUACAAGAUAAUGCGGCUGUUCCAGACGGCCACCUUCUGCCUGCAGCCCCCCGGCGACUCGUACACGCGGCGGUCGGUAUUCGACUCAAUGGUCGCCGGCUGCAUCCCGGUGUUCUUUCACAGGGUGUCGGCGUACCUGCAGUACAAGUGGUACCUACCAGAGGACCACACCAGGUACUCGGUGUUCAUCACGGAGGAGGACGUGCGGACGGGCAACGUGAGCAUCGAGGGGGUGCUCCGGCAGAUCCUGCCGGAGACAGUGGAGCGGAUGCGGGAGGAGGUCAUCAGGCUCAUCCCCACGAUGUUGUACGCGGACCCGAGGUCCAAGCUGGAGACUGUGAGGGACGCAUUCGACAUCGCCGUCGACGGCAUCAUCGGGAAAGUAACGGCGGCGCGGAGGAACGCAGCGGGGGCUGUCCAACCUAUAGAUACCACGUUGGGCUCAUCGUCAUGGCAAGGUUUAGAUUCCAGGCGGGGGAAAUAG